AUGCCUAUUCGUCUUUCUGCAUGGAGCAAAUAUGCCCAUUUGGUGAUUCUUAGAAGUUCCGAAUGUCAACCGUAUGACAAUGGAGACAUGUUGGCUGAAUCAACCUUACUCUUGUCAAUUAAUGUGGUACAGAGCAGGCUCGAACACCACCACCUCCUACAAAACAAGACCGCUUUGAAACCAUCGAAAUCCAUUGAAUCAAAACCACAACAAUCUCCUCAACGGUCAAAGCCUUUAACUAAAGGGAAACCAGAGCUUUCAUCCGUCAAAGGAGCAUCAACUGGAUCGUCAUCUCCUCCUCAUCGAAUCACCACGAUAUUGUCUCGUGCAAAUAAAAAUUCCAUUAAUAAUUCUAGCAGUAAUACUAAUGCUUCUCGUGGUGAGAAUACUGGUGUUGACAAUAACAUCGAGCAAAUUAAAUUCUUUGAGGUUUCUUCAUCAUUAUCAAAUUCUUCGAAUGACAGUGGUUCAUCUAAUUUUGCCAAUUUUGAUAAUUUAAAACUCGUCAAACAACAGCAACAACAAUCGCCUCCUAAUAAUAAUUCAACAGGGGCAAACAGCAGUCAGAGAAAAGCAAAAGUGACUUCAUCCUCCACUCCAAAUCGACGAAGACAUCAACAAAGUGAUUCGGUUGAUGAUUCUUCCAAUAGGAAAGUGAUGGUGAUCCUACAAAGACCGAAAUCCGCCACAGAUUUUGUGAAACCCGCUGUCAAUAAUACCAAUACCACUAAUACUAGGAAAUCUCUUGAUGCUCCUCGAGAAGUAGUAAACAAUGACGUUAAGAGUGACCGUCAACAGCAACGUCGUUCUUCACCCACCCAACAAAAUCGACGAAAUAAUAUUCCAAAUGCGGAAAGAUCUGCUGCUACACGUCGUAGUAGUGAUAUUCCUUCAUCGAAAGCAAAACGUGUUCAGCGUCGUAAGGAUAUUAUAUCAAUGAUUGAUGCUAUGAAUAACGAUUCGAUGUUGAGUGUUAGUCCCCCACGACCCGAAGAAAGUCCUCUUCAACAACAAUUCCUCCAUCAAACAGAAAAUUCAUCCGAUGUAAAUAGUAUCAUUUUGGAUUCAUUGAAGAAUCUAAUUUCUAAUUCACCAACCAACGGUGAUGACCUCAUUAUCACAAGCGUGGCCAGGUCGCCUCUAGAGAAAAAUAAUACAGCCUUCCCGGAACUUUACACUAAUGAAACUGGUCUUAAUAAUAAUGAUAGCUCUUCUCUUGUUGACAUUAACUCGAAUGAGACGGAUGACAGCCGUUUCGAAAGAUCUUUGAGCAAGAACUUUAAGCGACAUUCCGACAAUUUUGUGCAUAAUUUAUUUAAUAAUGUUGCUAUUCCGAAAGUUGUAUCCCGUCGCCAAUCGAGUACUGCUAUCGAGUUACAGAGCCAAGUCAUAGAUUUCGCGAACUUUGAUAUGAUUCAACAACGUCCUUCAUCAGCUUCUGCUAAGCCAUCUACUAGUCCAUCAAGAAUGAUUACUUCGAAGCUUUACGCUGGUCCAGAAUUCCAUAAUUCGCCAGCACCAAGCGAUUUGCCAUUACCUUCCUUUAUUGGUCGCUCUCCUGAUUUUCCAUUAUCCAGAACAGUUACUCCUCCAUUGCCCUAUAAUGGUAAUCGUUCUGAGGAUGAAAUUAUGUUUAUUAUGGAUGAUGAUGAUUUGGCAAAGGAUAAUGAUCCCGAAGGAUUGUCCUCCCCGAUGAGUUAUAAUAUUCCCGCGAGAAUGAAUACCGCUCGACCGUUGAUUGUGUAUCCUAAUUAUCCGAGCGGUGCUAAUUUGAUUGAAAUUUCGGAAAGUAUCAGAAGUAUGCUCAAGAUCCAGUAA